CGAUUAAAUGCUGUUAACCAAGAUUUGAAAAGAUUACGUGAAUGGUGCUUUAGGCUAUUAAUCAUUUAACAUUUUUUUCUAGCAUGUGACAGUCUUUUCAUAUUAAAUGCCUUAACAUCUCUACUUUGGAAGACACACGAAGACAUUAGAAUGUAAAUGGCCAUGAUCCAAAGGAACCAGAGCAGUUGAGAAAACUGUUUAUUGGUGGUUUGAGCUUUGAAACUACAGAUGAUAGUUUAAGAGAACAUUUUGAAAAAUGGGGCACACUUACAGAUUGUGUGGUGAUGAGAGACCCCCAAACAAAACGUUCCAGGGGUUUUGGUUUUGUGACUUACUCUUGUGUGGAGGAGGUGGAUGCAGCAAUGUGUGCUCGACCACACAAGGUUGAUGGGCGUGUAGUGGAACCAAAGAGAGCUGUUUCUAGAGAGGAUUCUGUAAAGCCUGGUGCCCAUCUAACUGUGAAGAAAAUUUUUGUCGGUGGUAUUAAAGAAGAUACAGAAGAAUAUAAUUUGAGAGACUACUUUGAAAAGUAUGGCAAGAUUGAAACCAUAGAAGUUAUGGAGGACAGGCAGAGUGGAAAAAAGAGAGGAUUUGCUUUUGUAACUUUCGAUGAUCAUGAUACAGUUGAUAAAAUUGUUGUUCAGAAAUACCACACUAUUAAUGGGCAUAAUUGUGAAGUGAAAAAGGCCCUUUCUAAACAAGAAAUGCAGUCUGCUGGAUCGCAAAGAGGUCGUGGAGGUGGAUCUGGCAACUUUAUGGGUCGUGGAGGAAACUUUGGAGGUGGUGGUAACUUUGGCCGCGGUGGAAACUUUGGUGGAAGAGGAGGCUAUGGUGGUGGAGGUGGUGGCAGCAGAGGUAGUUAUGGAGGAGGUGAUGGUGGAUAUAAUGGAUUUGGAGGUGAUGGUGGCAACUAUGGUGGUGGUCCUGGUUAUAGUAGUAGAGGAGGCUAUGGUGGCGGUGGACCAGGAUAUGGAAACCAAGGAGGUGGAUAUGGUGGCGGUGGUGGAGGAUAUGAUGGUUACAAUGAAGGAGGAAAUUUUGGAGGUGGUAACUAUGGUGGUGGUGGGAACUAUAAUGAUUUUGGAAAUUAUAGUGGACAACAGCAAUCAAAUUAUGGACCCAUGAAGGGGGGCAGUUUUGGUGGAAGAAGCUCGGGCAGUCCCUAUGGUGGUGGUUAUGGAUCUGGUGGUGGAAGUGGUGGAUAUGGUAGCAGAAGGUUCUAAAAAUUUUCAGAAGAAAAGGGCUACAGUUCUUAGCAGGAGAGAGAGCGAGGAGUUGUCAGGAAAGCUGCAGGUUACUUUGAGACAGUCGUCCCAAAUGCAUUAGAGGAACUGUAAAAAUCUGCCACAGAAGGAACGAUGAUCCAUAGUCAGAAAAGUUACUGCAGCUUAAACAGGAAACCCUUCUUGUUCAGGACUGUCAUAGCCACAGUUUGCAAAAAGUGCAGCUAUUGAUUAAUGCAAUGUAGUGUCAAUUAGAUGUACAUUCCUGAGGUCUUUUAUCUGUUGUAGCUUUGUCUUUUUCUUUUUCUUUUCAUUACAUCAGGUAUAUUGCCCUGUAAAUUGUGGUAGUGGUACCAGGAAUAAAAAAUUAAGGAAUUUUUAACUUUUCAAUAUUUGUGUAGUUCAGUUUUUCUACAUUUUAGUACAGAAACUUUAACAAAAUGCAGUUUUGAAGGUGUUUCCUUGUGAGUUAACAAGUAAAGAAGAUCAUUGUUAAUUACUAUUUUGUAUGAAUUUUGCUAAAGUUAACUGUAAAGAAACACCUGCUGACUUGCAGUUUAAGGGGAAUCUAUUCUCUGCAUUUCCAAACCAUGAAAUGAAUGGGCUCUGACAUGUGGAGAGAAUAGAUAUUUGUAUGUUUGCAAUGUGUGUUUUAGAUAAAUAGAAUUGGGUAUUUAAAUUAGCAUAUUUGUGAAUUUAAUAGCAUUAAGAUUUACCUUCAAAUGAAAAAUCUCAAAAUUCCUAUUUGGUUUUUGUGCAUUUUAUUUCAAAAUGUAAUCAUAUGAUUUUAGUGUGUUAGCUUUGCUGAGAGUCCUAGCUGUGUUUAGAACAUCUCCAUUCUACAUUCACCAUGGUCACAUGUGAACUGCCAUAGUUUUAUUUGGGUGUAAAGAAUGUCUACUGCCCUCUUUAAAUUCUGGAAAGGGGUAGUGGAUGUUUUCCCUUUCCCUUAAAAACCAUUCUUAAAAACUUUUCAAAAUAACAGGACCACUAAGCCUGCUGUAUCUGAGCAAAUUAGUGGCUACUCUUAUUUUCCCUUUUUAAAGCACAAGAGGCCCAUAAGUCUUCAGUUAUUUUCCUUGGUUUAAUAUAUAUCUAUUUUUUUGAUACAAGCUUUCAGAAGCAAGAGAAUAAAAAUCAUGCAUUGUUGAACCCUUAACUGGCUGGCAUGCUUUCCUGUGUGUACCCUCUGUAUUCUGCUGGAUAAAACCAAGGACAGUCUAGAUAAAAUCAUCCCAAAUGACUUCCUACAGUAGAAGUGUAGCAUAGUUGCUUAGUACAAGCUUCUCACUUCCCAGAGACCCAAAUUCAAAUUUGAAUAGUCUGAGUUUUUGCUCACUUAAAAAUCCACAAGAACACACUGUUAUUCCAUAUGUAUGUUUGAACAUAUAAAUCAUGUUGGUAUGAGUUAACAGUUUGGUUUGGAAGACCCUGGUUGAGAAGAGUUUUAGAUAAGGUCGUAAAUAUAAAAACCAAUGUCUACUGUUGUGCGCCAGCUAGUGCUUACAAUUUCAUUCGAGCCCUGAGUAUGUGCUCUGCUGUUACUCUUUCUUUGGCAGUUGAACGUUGAAUUCGAGAUUAUUUUUGUUUUCAGAAGUACUAAGCAAAACAAGCAAUAAAAAGGGGAAUGGGGCGUGCUAGUGUUUGAAUAUGCUCUCUUGUUGCUCUAAUUCUGUGCCUCUGUGCAUUAUUAAUAUUUGGAUGCAUGCAAUGCCAGCAUGGAAAUCGGUCUUCACAGAUACUGCAGUUUUCCAGAAAACACUCACAAACCAAUAAAUGUAACAGACAACAUUCCAUUUGUUAACGGACAUAUGUGAAUAAGCAGCGUAGAAAAUAGGCUAAUAUUAGAAAAUGGUUAAGUCUUUAACAACUUCAAAUGUGGUUAUAUAAAUGGACACUGUCAAUGUUCAUAAUUUAAACCUGGGUACCUGGUCAAAGUAAUGCUUGGGAAACAUUUUAUUAAAAUUGAGCUAAAUUGUCUCAAGUUCUUUUAUUCAUAUAAUAAAGGUUGAAGGAAUGGGGGAGAUUGACAUUUCCUGUUUCUAUGUUUGUGAAAAUGUUUGACACAACCUUGACAGUAUCCUUUAAUGGCAUAUGAGGUUAAUUGUACUGUUAACAAACUUUCUGUGUUCUGGAACUAGUUUAAUAGUGAAAAUAUUUUCAGUAAGUUGAUGUUUGCAACCUAUAAGCAGGUGAAAUCUGUGUAUGUGACCUGUUUAUAAGUUGUAUUAGCUUAGUUCUUGUGAACAGUGUGGAAAAGUAAGCCAUGAGGAGAGCGAUUUAACCAGCUUUAAAGGACCUAAGAUGUGCAUUUUAAGCACAGUGUGGAUCAAAGGAGACUCACUAAGACAGGACUUCAGCAGCCUUUUGAGUAUGGACAAGUCAGCAUAAAUAAAGAAUGACAAGGCAGCAGCAAGAGCUUCAACUACAGAGAAGUGAAGGCAUAAGAUACUAUGGUGAUAGUGAGCAACUUUCCAAAAGCUAGUUAAAUCUGCUUAUUACAACUGAAAUAUCGAAGAAAGUCUAGCAGGAAGGAGCUCUUCGCCUUUUGGAACAUCACAAUGAGAGAUAGUUGCCACAGUCACUAGGUCUAGCAUUUAGACCUGCAAGGAAGGGCAAUCAAUAAGCAUUAGGUAAGGCUUGAAUUUGAAUUUUUUCACUAAUUAAAGAGUAAUUUUUUGUAAAGCAAGGUAAGAGUAAUCUUUUUGAUUUGCAGGUUGAAUGAGAACCCUACUUGCCUAAAUGAGGAAUGUCUUUCCUACCAUCUUAUAUACGAAGGUUUCUGGCUGGGUAAGGUUUGUAGCUCACAGUAAAAGCUCAUGACACCAUUUGUUUCCCUACAAACUUAUAUGACAUAUUUUGAAACUAUUAGGUACAUUGGCAAAAUUACUCAGCUGAAUACUUUAUUUCAGAACCAGAUCCAACAUUUUAGAACCACAUCCAACAAACACAUUUUAAACAGUUUCAGGCCCUGCAACAGCCAUGAAUAUUUAUCUUGAGUCAGAUAUGGCCCCAUAUAUACAAUUCAUUGUUGGUGUGUUUAGGGUAAAGUUGAUUUUUGAUGAGUAACCUUAAAUUUUGUGAAGUUUUUGUAAUAAGCAUGACACUUGUAACAAGCAUUAAGCUGCUAAUCCUUAUUCCAUGAAAAACACCUUAGAAUGAACUUUCAAAAUUGUCAGGUGAUAGAAGAAUGGUCUUCAUUCAAGUGGCCUCAUAAAGUUCUCUUGCAUAUAAAUCCAGGGAAUUACUUGAACUAAUAGGAUACAUUUUGGUUCUUUUGUGUUUUAAUCAGUUAACCAGAAGUAGUGGGGGACCUAAUUACGCUAAUACUCCCUUAAAAGAUUUCCCAAAGAGUAAUUAAAAUAUAAAUUACUAUCUAAAUCAGUUGCUGAUCAUUCAUAAGGGCUAUUAUCACUGUCCCAAAGGGCUUAUUAAAAAUUUGAGAAUUUGAGGGGUGCUUGGCUGGCUCAGUUUGUAUAGCAUGCAACUCUUGAUCAUGGGGUCAUGGGUGAGUUCAAGCCUCAUGGUGGACUUAACAACUUCAGAAAAAUUGAGAUUUGAUGUUUAUGUACUUGAAAAAAACUUGGGGGACAGGCUUUUAAAACAGUUUCUAAAUUGCAAAGUUAAUACAUAGGUGUAGUUUUAGUUUAUUCUCAGAAAAUGGUUGGCUCUGUUUCCUCCAACUAAAUCAGGACUAAAUUUCCACACAUCAUCAUAAAAAUGAAGUGUUGAAGAAGAUAAUAGUCUUUUAAUGAUAAAUUUUCUUUUAGUGUGAAGCAAAUUAACCAAGAUAGGUAAUACUCUUUACAGUCCAUCUCCUUUCUUUUGAAAUAAAAUGAUUUUAUUUAAAUGUAGUUCCACUGUCAUUUCUGAAAAAUGUGCUCUUUAGUCAUAGCACCAGUAAGCCAAAUAAGGAAGUUCUAGAAGGGGGAAAAUGGUUGAGCCAGGCUUUUUAACAGAUUUUGUCAAACCAACUUACAGGUUAUUGCUUCCCACACUACAUUAAAAAAAAAAAAUGCCUGAUAGACACUCAAGUUCUAAAAAAGAAAAUUUGGUACUAAAGAUCAUUUGUUAAGGAACUGAACGGUUGGAAUAGGCUUGGUUUUAAGAGUUCUGGUAUGUCACAACUUGAAACAUUUCUAAUUAAGGGACAGUAUCGGAGUUCCAAUAAUUGAAUGUCACAAAUAGUUGAAUAAGCAAGUUAAUGGCAGGGGUAAUGAAAGGAUUGUUAGCCUAUAUAAUACUCAAGAUUACUUUUAAAUUUCAAUGUUUUAUCCUGAUUUUUAAGACUUAAGAGGUGGUCUGUAAUGGAUUCAAAUGUUUCAUUUGUAGUAUUAAUGAAAUGUUUACAGAAAGAUAACUUUUUCAUUAAAAUAUUUUUAGAAAUGUG